GCCCCUGUGUAGUGACGCUCCCGGAAGUUACUCCGCGCACACCCGGAAGUACCGGAGGGAGCCGCGGGAUGUCGCGCGCCACCAAGCGGAAGCACGUGGUGCGGGAGCUGCUGGAGGAGCACGUGAUGCCGGCGCCGCGACAGCGCGUAGUGAGGGUACUGGGGACACCUGGGAACAACCUGCAUGAGGUGGAGACCCCCGAGGGGAUGCGGUUCCUGGCCAGCAUGCCCCCCCGCUUCCGCCGUCACAUCUGGAUCAAGAGAGGUGACUUCUUGUUGGUUGAUCCCAUUGAAGAGGGGGCCAAGGUCAAGGCUGAGAUCUCCCUCGUGCUCCUGCCCCCCCACGUCCGCUUCCUGCAGCGCCAGGGGCUAUGGCCGGAGGCAUUUGCCCCCCUGGAGAGGCCGAAUAGGGAGGGCAGCCACCCCCCUGAUGGGGACUGUGAGGGGGAGGGGGGGCUCUUCGUUAACACCAACCGGGGGGCGGCCGAGGCGGGGGACAGCGAGGAGUCAUGUGACGAGGAGGAGGAGUCAUGUGACGAGGAGGAGGAGUCAUGUGACAAGGAGGAGGAGACAUGUGACAAGCAGGAGGACUCACGUGAUGAGGACAACACACGUGACGAGGAGGAUGACACAUGUGAUGAGGAGGACAACACACAUGAUGAAGAGGACACAUGUGACAAGGGUGACACACGUGACCAGGAGAAGGACACACGUGACCAGGACACACGUGACCAGGACACACAUGAUGAGGAGGAGGGCACACGUGACAAGGAUGACACACGUGACCAGAAGGACCCACGUGACCAGGAGCACUCCCACCCAAAGGACACUGGGGACCAGGCCCCCAGGGCUGGUGGGGACAGGGGGGAUGCCCCCCAAUAAAGGACUGUUGGUAUCCCCGA